GCGUCAUAUGGUCGUACCAUACGCGUCGCCGUCAUAAGACGUCGUUCGGUCGUCCAUGAUAAACAAAUUGUUUUAUCAUGCCGUAUUGCGGUCGUCGUCGUUAAUACUAAACGAUAUCCGACAGCAAGUGGUGACGGUACGACACACGAGUCCGACGUUAUUUUUUUCGAAGCCCAAGCGAAAUAACAAAGCGCAACAUACAAUCUAUAUACGUAGAUAUUGUGCACGACGCCCGCUCGUAGUAUCUAUUCUCUAUCGGUAAUCUGUAUUAUCACGAUUCAUGGUGCUCAAAUUCCAGCCGUAGUGAACGAAAAUUUUUGUCAAUCAUUAUUUUUUGUCAUUGAUAACGACUCGUUAGUCGUUAGUCGCUACCCGAGUCUGAGCGAGAAACUUACCUGAGUGCGAUUUGAUCAUCGUGUCUGUCUGACGUCUCCGAAAAUGCAUUGAACCGAGAACGUUGUUGACGUUUUGAGGAGGAGCAGCUAGAACAUAAGGAACAGGAGUUUUUACUUCAUUCGACGAUUACGAUGGCGGACAGCGAUUCCGAUGACAUAUUGUCGGAGGGCUUUCUGGAACCCGGCGAGCUGUUGGACAGCGACGACAAUCAGCCAGCCGACAACAGCACGUCGGCGCGAACCAGCCAGCCGAUGGCACAGCUCAACAGACCCAAAUUGAACAGAAACACUUUCCAAGCAGCCACAGCUUCCAACUCAGAACAGCAGCCCACGCAUUAUUCAUCAGACAUCACAGACAAACAAGUCCAGUAUAUUCUAAACAGUCUUGGCAUGAACAAAAACGACAAAGACAUUCAGCUGAAUGCUUUACAUUUGCACGGAGUCAUGGGAAUGACCACUAAAGAUAUAAUCGAUUAUUUCGAUAAAUAUGAUCCUAAAUUUUUAGAAUGGGUGUCAAAUUCUGAAUGUAAUGUUGUAUGGCUGGAUGAUCGAAUGCCUACUAAGGCUUUAUUGGACUUGACUCGGCCGAUACGCGAGCUAAAACAUAUUACGUCUGCAGUUAAUGAUGAGUUAAAUAGUGAACCUGGAGCUUUAAAUGAAAAUCAAAACGAUGACCACAUGGAUCAAGAUGAUGUAUUAGUAUCAGAAGAUUAUGUCAGCUGUGUGGGUUACGAGUUGCCCCCAGGUAUGUGGCGAAAAGCGAUUAAACCACAUGAAAAAUCCAAGUGCAUAUUGAUGAGAUACAGUACCGUGUUUGACAAACAAGAUGUAAAGAAUAAAAGUGCAGAUGUAGAAGAUGGAGAUUAUGAAUUAUUUUCCCAAGACAGUCGUAAACGAAAGUUUAUACCAGUAAUCAACCAUCCCGAUAUCGGAGAUGAAAUGUUGAAAGAUGAUGUUCGGUGGAAAUUGGCCAAAAAUCCAGGUAUCAAUACUUGGACUGCAAUAGCCAAGACUUGGAGCCAAUAUGACAAUGCUAUGGAUAAUGCUAAAUACAAAUCCAAAGUACGGACUCCAUCACCACCACCGCCCACAUCAUCAUCAGGUGCAGCUAGUGAAGAUGACGACGAUGAUUAUAAUGAUGCUAGGUAUAGAGAAAGCAAAAUACCAAGAAUGCGUAUGUAUGCAGACGAUGAAACACAAGCUACCACUAGAAAGCGUCUGAAUUCAAGUUCAAAUUCAAGACAUCAAGUAAAUAUAGCCAACGACUUGCGGGAACGUCUCAAUGGACGUUUGGUGUCUGCUAAAGUAGCCAAAGCAAUUCGUGCUGCUAAAUCGCAUCAGUAUCUUGAUGAUGAGUCGCUUGAAGUAGAUAUUGAAGAUGUUAAUGAUGAGGAAUACACUGAUAUUCCAUUUAGCCGUGCAACUCGUCGAGAUAUUCCUCGUCGCCAGUAUUUACAUGAAGAUGAUGGCGAUUACACAAGCGAUGAAGAUGUGUAUGAAAAAAGACAUGUUAAGAGUAGACUUGGGCCUCAUAGAAAACACAGUCAUCGUUAUAACGCUCGUUCUGUGUCUCCACUGCAGAUACAAAUUAAUAAUGAUAAAUAUUAUAAGCGUACAAGUCGGCGUUGAUCACAUUACAUUAUUAAACAUGGAUAAUGUUUUUGAUUUUCAUAAAUCUUAAUGAUACAUUUUAAAAAUGAAUAAACUCUUAACAUACUUAUACAAUAAUCUAUUUUUCUAUUUUAUUGUUGUGAAAAAAUAAAACAAUCUGUUGUGUGGUUAUGUGUAUCUAAGGUGUUAAUUUAUAAUAAUUUCCUAAGCUCUGGAACAAUUUGUUUUUUUUUUUACAUUUACAACAUGUUCAAUUCGGUUUAUAAGUCAAAAAAUAAAUAAAUCUGGUGAUUUUUAUAA